UUUGCACCCUUUGUCCACCUCCUCCGUCUCCUUGACCUUCUAAAAGCACGCUACGCUACCACAGCAAUUGUUUUGUCAUAGUCUAGUUUCGUCUGAAGCAUGAAGGUCUCUUCUGGUGCAACGGCAUUCCUGCUCGUCGCUUUGGCGCAGCUGUGCUUGGGUUUUGUUUCGAAAGCAACACCCAGCCCAGUAUGUGCGAGUAGAAAUCGAUGCAGUUCCCUUUCAGUCGCUUCGACGCCACUGGAGCUGCAAGAAAAGUUUGCCAAAAUCAAGCCAGCGCUGCCCGCUGAUUUGGACGUGGUUUCGGCUGGAGGAUGGUACAAUCUGCAAAAGACGUACGCGCAAGAAAGCCCCAAAGACGCACUGGUUCAACUCAUUGUGGAGGGACUGGUGGAUGGAAACAAAAAGGUGGAAUUUGCCGCAAAAGAGGAACGACUGAAUGCCUUGUUGAUUUUGCUCUAUGCCAUGGGAAAGGGGUUCGAAGCCGACGUUGUAAAUGGCGAAUGGUCCUUGGUCUUUAGCAAACAGGGCAAAAAAUCACCCAGAAUACAAAAAGCCGUUGGCAAAAAGGAACGGGCCGGGCAAUCUUCGGUCGUGUACGAUAUCCAAAGCAUGACCUUUUCCGGUGGUGCCACCAUUUUGAAAAAGGGCAAGGUGGCGUCCACGGUAAAGUACAAUCCACUUUCGCAGGGAUACUCCAAAACAGUCGACCACAAGAUUGUGAUUCGUCGCAUUGGGUGUGACAUCAUUGGUGCAUCCUGGAAGUUUUGGUUUCUGCCCAAGAUUCCUCUACCGCUUCGUGCCAAGGGUGGAUACCUGGAGUUUAUUUACAUGGAUUCCGAUAUUCAAAUCACCAAGGGAAAUCGCGGUGGACUGGCAAUUCACUUUCGCCCCGAGUACCUGGAAAAGAAGUUGGCAGCGUAUUCUGCAUAACAGUCAGGAAAUACUAGCAAUCUACCGAUCGAGCUGUCUCGUUGCUAUAGUUGGAACAAACGAGAUGACGACAAUACUUACUUGACUUGCAGACUUGCUUGAUCUCUCCGUACCGGAGUGGGACAGUGGAUUCUUGUCAGGCGUGUCCAUGCGAAAACAGGUCCAGUUUCCCCUUGCUAUUACUGUAGCAGCAGUUGGUUUUAGGCUGGGAAUAAUGUACCAUAAAACAAGCGUCUGCAUGAGUCUACAGCUCGAGGAAGAGGAACGAGACAACGUAGCUGUGGCUGAUCGCGUGCGUGUGUACAGCAUGGCCUAAUUAUCUCUCAGUCGAUGACUUGUUACCUCUUGAGACUACCGCUACGAUGCUACUUUAAAAGGGAGCUCAAAGCAAAAUCUUUCGUUCAUGAAUCAAUAGUUUAAUAUGUAAUACGUGAAGUUGUCGAAGCAGUUGAUUCAAAGUAUGAAACCCAAG